GAGAAAUACUUGUUCCUCAGUUCUCGACCUGAAUAGACGUGUUUGCUGUCCUGUAUUUCAGUGAACGAAUUUACCAUUUUAUUUGAGAAAGUUUUAGUUUAUAUUACGCCUUUUCCGUUCAUCAUUUUACUUCUGCCACACAAUGCUGUCUGCGUACUCACCUAAGAGUCUUGGUAAGACUGACGGAAACCAGGGAAAUCUUUUAUCGCCAAUGCGAAGAGCCAAACUUGCAGACCAAGAAAAUCCGACACAAAGGCCACUAGGACCAGUAAAACGUGCCAUCCUGGGUGAUGUUCAGAAUAUCCAAUCUGCAAAGUCGCCAAAGAAAGAUGUGCUAAAGAGUAAAACCUCACGUGAUGACGAAUCAAAGGAGGACACGCAAGUUGAGCCUUUGCUUAGAGAGAACCCUCAUAGGUUUGUACUUUUCCCCAUCAAGUAUCAUGACAUCUGGCAAAUGUACAAGAAAGCAGAGGCAUCCUUUUGGACAGUGGAAGAGGUAGACCUCAGCAAAGAUUUGACUGAUUGGGACAAACUGAAGACCGAGGAGCAACACUUCAUAUCACACGUGUUGGCGUUUUUCGCUGCAAGUGAUGGAAUUGUGAAUGAAAAUCUGGUUGAACGUUUUAGCAAGGAAGUGCAGGUGACUGAGGCACGUUGCUUCUAUGGCUUCCAAAUUGCUAUUGAGAAUAUUCAUUCCGAGAUGUACAGCUUGUUGAUUGACACCUAUAUCAAGGAUUCCGAACAAAAGGACUUCUUGUUCAAUGCUAUUGAUACGAUGCCAUGUGUGAAGAAGAAGGCUGACUGGGCUGUGAAGUGGAUCAAUGACACCAGCAGCAAAUAUGCUGAGCGACUGGUGGCUUUCUCGGCUGUCGAGGGAAUCUUCUUCUCAGGGUCAUUUGCUGCUAUAUUCUGGCUGAAAAAACGUGGCUUGAUGCCUGGUCUGACCUUCAGCAAUGAGCUCAUCAGUAGAGAUGAGGGGCUACACACCGAUUUUGCGUGCCUGUUGUACAGUCACCUAGUGAACAAGCUCACGCAGUCCCGAAUCUAUGAGAUCAUCGCUGACGCUGUCAGGAUCGAGCAGGAGUUCCUAACGGUGGCACUUCCCGUCUCACUCAUCGGGAUGAACUGUAAACUUAUGUCCCAGUACAUUGAGUUCGUUGCCGACCGGCUACUGGUGGAGCUUGGCUGUGCGAAGUUCUACAACGCCGAGAAUCCGUUCGAUUUCAUGGAGCACAUAUCCUUGGAAGGAAAGACCAACUUUUUUGAGAAGAGGGUUGGCGAGUACCAGAAGAUGGGUGUGAUGUCCAAUCGCACGGAGUCUCAGUUUACUCUUAACGCAGACUUUUAAUGGUCGUAGUGCCAAAGAAUAGGUUAAUUGUAAAGGACCACAUUUGCGACAUUCAAUUUCCAUAUUUUAGUGAAUAACAAAUUUACUUGCUUUUUUUCUGUUUGCUAAAACGUUCGUUAUCACGAUAAUUUUUAGAUUGGAAUUCCUCGUUAAACCUGGUUUGCUGGUAAUCUACACAGCCGAGUUUAACUACAUUUUUAAGUUAAUUUUUAUUGUAUAUAACCAUCCCCAUGUAUAUUUGCCAUUUUAUGUUAUUUCUGCACAUGGUGCAUUUAGUUGAAACAGGUUAGAAUUUUAGAGGGGUAGUGUACAACAAUGUAAAUAUUAGUAGAAUGGAAUGCGUAACCAAGUAUAAAGUAUGUCAUAUUAUAAUCGUGCAUUGUUUUUUGUGAAUAAAUAUCUAUUAUAUAUUUAAA